AAACCCUCACGGGUUCAACACCAAAUCUCAACCAACACCUAUCAAAGUAUCAUAAUUAUCUACUUAUUAAUAUUAAUAUUCGAUUGCCAAUUUUUUUUUCCCUUAAUUGAAAUUUCUAGAGGAAUAUUUUUUCUCGAACUGGCUAACUCUCAAGGAAGUGGCGAAGACGCUGAUUCCAGCAAUCAAAAGCUGGUUCUCAAACUUUAUGAAGCCUUAAACUCUCGUGAUUCCGAUACCGUGGUCAAUAUUUUGGCCUCUGAUCUCGAGUGGUGGUUCCACGGUCCACCUUCUCAUCAGUUUUUGAUGCGUGUGCUCACCGGCGAUUCCACCGCCGACGACACUUUCCGGUUCGUUCCUCAGUCACUCGUUUCCUUCGGCUCCACCAUUAUCGUUGAAGGUUGCGAUACUUCACGCGCCAUUUCCUGGGUUCACGCGCUUACUGUAGCGGAUGGGAUAGUCACCCAAGUUAGGGAGUAUUUCAACACUUCCCUCACCGUUACACGCUUCGCCGACGUCGAAAAAGACUCCGGUGAAAUUGUCCCGGCGGCGCAUAAUUCCGGUCGUUUCCCUUGUGUUUGGGAGAGUAGCGUCUCCGAUCGGGUCGGUAAAUCCGUGCCCGGUUUGGUCCUCGCAAUAUAAAAUAAUUAAAUAUUAAAGUAAAAUAAAAUUAGGACGCGAUCACGUGUUGCCGGUUGUAGCAUAAUAAAAUAAAGACCGUUCACGUGGAUGUCGGUGGUUCGCUAGAUUUUACAUUUUCAAGGGACGUAACUUUCGGUGUUUUUUUCCGUAGAAGAUGUGAAGACCGCGGUGCUGUCGGCGUGGUGUUUAAAAUUAUUAUUACUUUCUUGUUUGUUUGUUUGAUUGGUUGUGUGGAACCAUCCAUUAUUAUGGGUGUAUCUAUUUGGUUGUAUCCUUGUGAGUUUGUAAUGUGGUGUUUUGAUGAUAUAAUAAGAUUAUCUAUGAAUAUUUGGUUUAAGAAC